GCAGAAUCUGGAUGAUAUGCCACAAGCGGAAGAUCCACGGAUUUUUUUGAGCUAGUCCGAGUUUUUUUUUUGCGUUUUGUUUGUCCGCUUCGUGUUCCGCCCUUCAUCCUCUGGUUACUCUUUUUUCCCUUUUAUUCUUUCUUUUCUUCUAAUCCCGAACAAGUUCCGUUCACAAAAAAGUGAUUGCUUCGCUUUAGGAGACUUUGCAACAUGUUCACCGACGAUGAGUACGACUACCUGUUCAAAAUAGUUCUUAUUGGUGAUUCCGGUGUGGGCAAAUCGAACUUGCUCUCGCGAUUCACGACCAAUGAGUUCAAUCUGGAAUCCAAGAGUACCAUUGGUGUUGAGUUUGCUACAAAGAACAUUGAAAUCGAUAAUCACACCAUCAAGGCACAAAUCUGGGAUACAAGUGGACAGGAACGAUAUCGUGCGAUUACAGGCGCAUACUACCGAGGCGCCGUUGGUGCACUUUUAGUGUACGACAUCACACGUCAGCAGUCCUUCCAAAAUGCGACACACUGGUUAAAAGAAUUGCGCGACCAUGCUGAUCCUAAUAUUGUGAUUAUGUUGGUGGGCAAUAAGCUUGAUCUGAGUGAGACCAGUCGAGCUGUGACGAGUGACGAAGGAGGUGCUUUGGCAGAGCAGGAAGGAUUCUUGUUUAUGGAGACCUCUGCGUUGGACGCUACGAACGUAGAAAAGGCGUUUGCUACUGUGUUCGAUACAAUCUACAGCCACUUGCCAAAGAAAAAGGAAGCGGAAGCAGAAAGUGGAGCUCAACCUGCACUUACCAACGGAGAACGUAUCCUUUUGCGUCCUCCGAGCAUACGAGGACGCAGUAUGGACGAACAGAGAGGAGAAGCGAGGAAGUCAGAAGGCGGCGGAUGUUGCUAAAGCCCGAGAAGUAGCGCAGGAUUUGCUUAUUGUAUUUAUCCAAUUUUUGAAAUGAAAAUCAUUGUAUUCGAUCGACAUUUUUACUUGUUCUUCAACUGGCUGACGAGAGCUUAUAUGCUUACUAUCAUAGAUGCGUUUUGGACAGGCUUAGUAUACAUAUAAACAUUCGUAGGAAUCACAUAUGGAAAGUAAACACCACAGCAAUGAGAAAACUGGGUUA